AUAUGCUGUCAUAAAAACCCCUCCAUUUUCAAUUUUCACAACCAAAAAAUCAAAAAAGCUUUGAACUUUCUGAAAAAUCAAACUGUUUUCCAAAAUGGGUUUCUUCCGAUUUCCCAAUUCAAUUGCUGUUGUUGUUGUUUUUGGUAUGAUGAAUUUGUUCAAUUUUGGGUUUGGAGCAAGAAAGCUUGCCUCUUUGUAUGAAGCACCGCCGAUGGCCAUCCGUUACCAUAAUGGGGCUUUGCUUCAAGGAUAUGUUCCUGUUUCCAUCUUGUGGUAUGGCAAUUUUACGGCUCCUCAGAAAGCCAUUGUUCUCGAUUUCUUUCUCUCUCUCGGUUCCCGUCCAAAGGAGGCCGACGGGGUUGCCCCGGCGGUAUCUCGUUGGUGGAAUACCGUUCAGGUUUAUAUGAAAAGAGCCGGAAAGAAAGACGCUAAGGUGAUUUUAGCGAAACAAAUAACAGACGAUAAAUACUCCAUCGGAAAAUUCUUACAAAAACCCCAAAUUUCAAAGCUAUCUCAGAGAGCCGGCACGAAAUACGGCGGUGUGACACUGGUUCUCACGGCAGAGGACGUUGCUGUCGAAGGGUUUUGCAUGAGCAGCUGCGGGUUUCACGAUUGGAACCACAGAUCGAAAUCGGCCUUCAUAUGGGUCGGCAACUCAGUGAGUCAGUGUCCGGGUCAAUGCGCUUGGCCGUUCCACCAGCCCAUCUACGGCCCACAAACGCCGCCGCUCCAACCGCCUAACGCCGACGUCGGAAUCGACGGCAUGAUAAUCAACAUCGCCACUCUUUUGGCUGGAACCGCCACUAAUCCCUUCGGUAACGGCUACUUCCUCGGCUCGCCAGCGGCGCCGCUGGAGGUGGCGACGGCCUGCCCCGGUGUAUACGGGAAGGGGGCUUAUCCAGGAUACCCUGGGGAUCUGCUGCAGGACGACAUCACCGGCGGCAGCUACAACGCCGCCGGCGUCGGUACCAGAAAGUAUCUUUUGCCGGCGUUGUACGAUCCUGUAACGUCUCGGUGUUCAACGCUGGUUUGACCCGGGGGGGAGUUAAGUUUGAGAGAGAGAGGUGGUUGGUCACGUGACCUUGUAAUGUAUAUAUGAAUCAUAUAUAAGAUAUGUGCGUAUGUGUGAAAACAACAAAAGUGCUAAUAAAAAGUUCUGUAAAUGGAUAUUUUCUUUUGGUUUUAAUACUCACAAAUUAUACUAUUUCUAGA